AUGCCGUCGAGAACUCUCCCUACCUUCACCCGCGCCGAGGUCGAGGCACAUAAUUCGAAGAAGUCCUGUUAUGUUACGAUUGGCAAAAAUGUCUACGACGUAACCGACUUCGCCCAGGACCAUCCCGGUGGCGCCGACCUCGUCUUCGACUACGGCGGCAAGGACAUCGAAUCCAUCCUGCGCGAUCCGACAUCCCACCCCCACUCCGAGGCUGCGUACGAAGUUCUCGACGACUCCUUGGUUGGAUUCGUCAUUUCUCAAAAGUCAAUCAAUGGGACGGCCAACAAGCCCAACGGGAAAGCGAAUGGACAUGUGAACGGGAAUGCGAACGGCAAUGGCAACAGCGCUGCCAAGACCCAGGAGCAUGAGGACGAGCCAAAGAUGAAUGAGAAUGGCGAGCUCUGGGAUGGUGAGCGAUGGGUUCAUCCUCGCACUGGCAUGGCUAGCGAGGAGGAUUUGAGCAAGGAGACGGAUUACACCAAUGACUACAAGAAACACAAGUUCCUCGACUUGAGCCGCCCACUGUUCCCUCAGAUCUGGUACGGGGGCUUCAGCAAGGAGUUCUACCUUGAUCAGGUUCAUCGCCCUCGCCAUUACAAGGGCGGCGAGUCUGCACCACUAUUUGGAAACUUUCUCGAGCCCCUUUCCAAGACGCCUUGGUGGGUUGUGCCUGUGGCGUGGCUCCCCCCAGUUGCAUACGGUACCUAUUUGGCUAGAGAGGGCAUGGACAGCACCUUCCAGGAGGUCUGCUAUUGGGGGCUCGGCUUCUUUCUCUGGAGCUUGAUCGAGUACAUCUUGCACCGCUUCCUCUUCCACCUUGACAAGUGGCUUCCGGACAACCGAGUUGGCAUUACCAUGCAUUUCCUCCUCCACGGCAUCCAUCAUUACCUGCCUAUGGACAAGUAUCGCCUCGUCAUGCCUCCUACACUUUUUGUUGUUCUCGCCACGCCGUUCUACAAGCUGGCUCAUUGGGUUUUUUCGUACAGCUGGCACGCCGCUACCGCUGUUUAUUGCGGAGGCAUCUUUGGUUACAUCUGCUACGACUUGACGCACUACUUCCUUCACCACCAGAACUUGCCGCUCUGGUACAAGGAAUUGAAGAAGUACCACCUUCAGCACCACUUCCUUGACUAUGAGCUUGGCUUUGGCGUCACCAGCCGGUUCUGGGAUAGCAUUUUCGGCACCGAACUGCCUCCCAUUGUCAAGACGCAAUAA